GGAGACACUUCGUUAUUGUACAUGAAGUGUCUUUAGCUCUUGUGCUUUCAGUAGGUUGCUUUCAAAUUUGCGAGCAGUUAGUGGAGGUCGAGUUAGCGAAGAAUUUGAUGAAAAGCUUUGAAAUUUUGUGCAGUUCUUCUUCUGAUCUGGCAUGCCGAAACCUGUGGCUGGAGUCGCAGAAGGACACGAGGAUGCCAGUGGCAAUGGAGUUUAUUGCUUCAUUCGAGACUUGAUUGUUGAAGGAAGAGAUGCGAGAUUUGUGAACAAAAAGGGACGCUAUGUAAUCAACUGGUCCAGAGCCCUCAAGUGUUACCACGAUUACAAGUCCAAGAAAAACCCUCAAUAUAAGAGCAAGAAUAUCAACAGAAGAAAGGCCAGUAACGGUUUGAGGGCAGCCCUUCUUAAUUUCUAUAAAAAAGAAGGAGCUAAAGAGUACAAAGACUGCAAAAAAGUCAACGAAAAAGAUGAGGUUGUUGAACGACAGUUUCAGAUGCCACCCAGGGUGUUUGAAUCACUGUUUGGAUCCGAUGUACAACUUUCUGAUGAUAGCAGUGAACAUGAGACAAGCAGUAUUGCCUCAGAGGCUGAUGAAAAACCUCUAGCCACUCCUAACUCAAGUGAUACUGGAUUUGAUGAAGCUAUGGAUAUUUCUGAUGAUUUAUUCAAUGCAAAUGCAGAACCAAGCAGUGAGUGUGCUCUUGGGGGUUUGCCAACUGGUGAUCCACUUUGCAGCAAUGUCAAAACUGAAGAAGACCAAGUUGCUCCUUCAGACAUCACCACCCCUUGUCAGAUGUUUGAUAUUUCUGAAGAGGAACUGGAUUUGGCAUUAGAGGAAAUUUGCUCUAGUUCAGAGACUAAUGACAUUGACCUGCUGGGAGUGGUGCAUGACAUCUGCCCUUCAUCUGGCUCUGUGAAGGGUGGACUGCAGUUCCACAUUAGUUUGACUGAAGCGUUGUCUGAAGAUGACAAAUCAGGAAGUGCGCACUUCGAUGGUAUAGGUGAUGUCUUUUUGGAGAGAUUAAACUGCUAUACCCUUGCUGGGAUUAUUCCUGCCUCCCAACAGCCUGGCCCUGUUCCUGUGACAGUCAAGACACAAGAUGGCCGUUUGCUGGGGAUGACAUAUUUCAUGUAUGUCGAUGAGAUACAGGAGGUAUUGAAACAGGUUGUUAAAGACCCAGCACUGCAGUCCUUGUACCUAACCAUGUGGUCCCAAGAACACGGCUUUUUUGGAAGUGAUGGUAACCUUGCACAGAACCUGGGUCCAUUCACUUUGCAAGACCAAGGUUCUUCAGUUCAAGGAACACAUGCACAAGCUCUCAAAGGUCUUCAGCUACUUGUCUAUACGGCAGCUCAGACAAAUGCUCAACAGUUUAUCCAAAUGAUCUUUAAUACAUCAGCUGGAAAACUCAUAUUUGAUGCAUACAAGGAUCGACCUCAACUACCAGAGGAUGUUGCCAGGGCCAAUGGCCAUGACGACUUGGCACAGUACUUGCAAGAUGUCAACACAAGGUUAUCCAAAGAAAGUGGCAGUGAUGAUAAGCCCAAUGCAAUUGAUUGGUUAGAACUUAUUGAAGCAGUCAACAAGAUUCAGAAACAAUCUUCUGUUAUUGAAGAUGAAACAGAUCUAGAGAGUGGAAAGUCAAAAGAUGAUGACAACCAAAGUGAUUAUUUCGCGGAUGCUGAAACUUCUUCUUGUGGAUCGUUUGAUCUUGAAAUUGGAUGGUCUGAUUCAGAGGAUGGGGAAGGUCCUUGCUCAAAAGAUGGAGGAUCAAACAAAGAACCAGAUGUAAAGUCAACCCCUUCCAUGACGUCAUGCGAGGCAUCUGCUGAGGUGGAAACACAGUCAGACAAUGAUCUGGACUUGGCAGAUAAUAAAAACUAUGAGGAACCUGCCAUUUUUCAUUCUAAACCAACCUUGAAUUUACCUCCAGGAAUGUUUAGAUUGCGGAGGAAACGGAGGAAGGGAGAUGCUACGACUUCCACACUGCAAGGGGCAUGUGUGAUUCAAAAAGUACGUCAAUUUCCAAUUUUUGGACAGGAAAUUGGAGGUGGAACACAGAAGAGGGAGAACACCAGUGAAAGAGACCAAGAAGCAAGAGCAUGUCUCGGUCAAGAAAAAUGCAUCCAACUGAAAAGUCGUUUCUCAAAAGAUGAACAACUAAAGAAAGAGCCAGAUGGAAGGUUAACCCCAUCUGUGGAAGUUACAUCAUCUGAGGCACCUACUGUUUCAGGAACAAACUUAGACAAUGAGGUAGACCAGAAAGAUGAUGGUAAAACUAUUAUUUUGUGCGGUUCAGCAGCAGUUGGGAAGUCUAGUUGGAUUAGCAAAUUGUCGAAGAAAGUUGCUGCGAGUGGCAGAGAAGAAGAAGAAGCAAGGACAGCUCCUAGUCAAAGAAAAACAACCAAACCGAAAAGGACAAGGAAAUGGCUAAAAGGAGAUGAUGUCACGACUUCCAGUCAGCAAGGGGCAUGUGUGAACGAAACACAAGAAGUGGGAUCAUUCGGAGGGGGAAUUUUCCAAGGAGCAAGUGGAGGUGGAACUCAGAAAAGGGAGAACAUCAGUGACAGAAAACAAGAAACAAGGACAGGCCCAAGUCAGGCGAAAAGACACAAUCAACGCAGCCAGUGGAGGCCUUUUAGAGGAGCUCUGUUGAAAAGCUUCCUUCUGUUGACCAUUGCUGUGACAACAGUACUGUGUUUAGAAGUAGGAAUCAAGAUAGCAGAGGGGCAGCUCCUUCAUUGGGCGGUUCGUAAUGGGCAUAUUCGGAUUUCUCAAGCUCUACUGAAGUUCGUCUCGGAUUUAGAUGCUCCAAAUUUCAGCGGCGAGACUCCGCUUCAUGUGGCGACAAAGAAUGGAUACAAAGACCUGGCGGAACUAUUGAUGAAACUUGGAAGUAAUGUCAAUUCUAAAAACUAUCAACAGCAGACACCUCUUCAUUUAGCGGCUUGGAGUGGACGCCAAGAAAUUGCGGAUGCUCUAAUACGACAUGGAAGUGACGUGAAGGCUCGAGAUGACURRCWGCKGWCUGCUCUUCAWUUGURUYCGUUGAAUGGACACAGAAACGUUUUACAAMUCUUGAUACAACGUGGAAGUGAUGUCAAUGCCGAAAAUAGAUYUGGGWSGACACCCCUUCACUUAGCUGCAUUGGCCGGACACAAAGAAAUUGGAGAAGUUUUGGUGCAACAUGGAAGUGGUAUCACCAUUAGAAACAACCUCGGGUAUACUCCCCUCCAUUUGGCUACUAUGAACGGACAUCUCCAAAUGGUACAAUUCUUAAUACAACGUGGAAGUGAUGUAGAGGCUCGAGAUGACAAGUUCCAGCUGAGUCCUCUUCACAUAGCUGCCAUUUAUGGACACAAACAAAUCGCAGAGCUCUUGAUUCAUCAUGGAAGCAAUGUGAACGCUGGGAAUAAGUUUGGGAGGACUCCUCUUCAUUUGGCUGCUGAUAAUAGAUACAGAAACAUUGCAGAAGUCUUAAUACAGAAUGGAAGUGAUGUCAACGCUAGAGAUAUCUUUGGAGAGACUCCCCUUCUAAUGGCUGCUCGGAGAGGAGAUCAAGAAAUAAUAGAAUUCUUGAUACAACAUGGAAGCGAGCCUAAGACACAAGAUGACUCCCAGCAGACACCCCUUCAUUUGUCUGCUCGGAAUGGACACAGAAACGUUGCAGAAGUCCUAAUACGAUAUGGAAGUGAUGUCAACGUUAGAAAUAAGCUUGGUGAGACUCCCCUUCAUUUGGCUGUUCGUGGUGGACACAAACAAAUUGUAGAAGUGUUCCUGCACCAUGGAAGUGAUGUGAACGCACGCGAUGGCUUUCAGCAGGCACCUAUUCAUUUGGCUGCUAGCAAUGGACACAAAAACACUGCAGGCUGUCAGGCUGCUUACAUUGUCAACUUUCCGUCACGUAUGUUAUGUUCAACUAAAUUAGCCACAAACGGGAGACACAAAGACAGAGAUGGCAAUGAAGGAACAAUUAGCCGCUCGUUUGGUUUCGUGGACAAGUGCAUCAAGAACGGCACCAAUAAGGUGCUGAUACUCAGCGAAUUGUUUCUUAAAGAGAUCGCUUGUGAAGGACAGCGUCAGCUCUUGAUAACGUUGAUAAUAUGCACUGGGCUGUGCAUAUGGCUGUACGUUCUCACUGGAAUACGGCAUCGAAGU